CGCCCUCUCUCUCCUCUCUCUCUCUCCCCCCUCCUUCUUCCCCCUCUCCAAACCCUCGGCUUCGGUCGCGAGCGCGAGCGCGAGGCCGCGCGAUUUCGCGUCUCGCGGCGGAGGAGAACCGGAGCGCGCGCGCGCCCUUCCCUUCGUCGCCCGCUUCGCGUGCCCCGCGGCGCGGGGGGCGUGGUGGUGGUGGUGGUCGCCGCCGCGCGAUCUCCAAAAACCCUAAAAGCCCUGGCGCGGGCGCGGCGGUAGGGUUUGGGCGGUGGUGGGGUGGGGGGCUGCCAUGGCGCCCAUCAACAGCUCCAACAUGGAGCAGCACUCGCAGAAGCUCCUCGAGCCGGACCUUCCUGUGCAAGUCCGACUGCAGCUUGCCAUGGAAGUUCGGGACAGCCUGGAGAUGACUCAUACUCCAGACUAUCUUAACUUUCUUAGAUGCUACUUCAGAGCAUUCUCGGCCAUCCUCAGCAACUUCACCGCACCACAGGGCACUGAGAAUGCGGAGCACAAGCUGCGGAAUGUGGUGAUUGAGAUCCUCAAUCGGCUACCCCACAGUGAGGUGCUCCGACCCUUUGUGCAAGACCUGCUCAAGCUCUCUCUUCGUGUAUUGACACAGGACAAUGAGGACAAUGCACUUCUUGCCAUCAGGAUUGUAUUUGAUCUCCUCCGUAACUUUCGCCCUACUGUCGAGGCAGAGGUGCAGCCGUUCCUUGAUUUUGUUGUUACCAUAUACCGCAACUUUCCCAAUACUGUCACCCAUUUCUUCGAUAAUCCCAAUGUCAGUGCCAAUAUUGCUGCUGCCGUGCCCAACCAGCAUUUGGACCCCACUGCUGAUGCCCCAGGCACGGUGGCAGUGCCAGGCGGUGGACAACUCAAUCCAAGUGCACGGUCAUUCAAGAUAGUCACAGAGAGCCCUCUAGUAGUGAUGUUUUUGUUCCAGUUGUAUGCUAAGCUUGUGCAGACAAAUAUCCCAUACUUGCUACCACUCAUGGUGUCUGCAAUCUCUAUUAAGGGGCCAGACAAAGUGCCACCACACCUGAAGACGCCCUUUGUUGAGUUAAAGGGUGCACAAGUCAAGACAUUGUCAUUCCUGACGUACCUUCUGAAGAGCAACGCGGAUCAUAUAAAGUCAUAUGAGGAAAGCAUAUGCAAGAGCAUUGUGAACUUGCUUGUUACAUGCCCCCCGGACUCUGUUUCCAUAAGGAAGGAGCUGCUAGUUGGCUUGAAGCAAGUUCUCAACACUGAGUACAGGCGUGGUUUAUUUCCCUUGAUUGACACACUUCUUGAUGAGAGGGUUUUGAUAGGCACAGGCCGAGUUUGCAUCGAGACAUUGAGACCUCUUGCCUAUACCCUUCUUGCCGAGCUGGUGCAUUAUGUUCGUGGAGACCUUUCUCUUCCGCAGCUAUCGCGGAUCAUUUAUUUGUUCUCUCGGAAUAUGCAUGAUUCUUCGCUAACCCUUGUCAUUCAUACGACAUCGGCUCGUUUGAUGUUGAAUCUGGUUGAGCCUAUAUAUGAAAAAGGUAUUGAUCAGCCAAGCAUGGAUGAAGCACGGAUUUUGUUGGGGCGUAUACUGGAUGCAUUUGUUGGGAAGUUCAGGACAUUGAAGCGCACAAUUCCUCAGUUGCUUGAAGAAGGCGAGGAAGGGAAGGAACACCAAAAUUUGAGAAUGAAACUUGAAGUCCCAUUACAGACUGUGCUGAAUUUGCAACCACCCUUGGAGUACACAAAGGAGAUUAAUGAUUACAAAAGUCUGAUAAGGACACUCGUACUAGGAAUGAAGACAAUAAUCUGGAGCAUAACCCAUGCUCAUUGGCCACGCCCACAGCAACAAAGUCAACAAUCAUCAAAUUUAUCAGUACAACCAUUCAGGGGACUGCGGGAGGAUGAGGUGCGGAAGACUUCGGGUGUUCUAAAAUCUGGGGUUCACUGUUUGGCUCUUUUUAAGGAAAAGGAUGAGGAGAGAGACAUUCUGCAAUGUUUUUCCCAAAUGCUAGCUAUAAUGGAAGCUCGGGAUAUAAUGGACAUGUUUUCCUUUUGCAUGCCAGACCUCUUUGAUUGCAUGAUAACAAACAACCAGCUGUUACACAUAUUUUCUAGCCUUUUGCAAGCUCCCAAGGUUCUUCGGCCAUUCACAGAUGUAUUGAUUAAUUUCCUCGUUAGCUCAAAACUUGACGCGCUGAAGCAGCCAGAUUCGCCUGCAGCAAAGCUUGUCUUGCAACUCUUUCGCUUUUUGUUUGUCGCUGCAGCAAAGGCCCCAGAAAGUUGUGAGCGCACUCUUCAGCCACAUGUCCCAGUAAUAAUGGAAGUUUGCAUGAAGAGUGCCACUGAAGUUGAGAAACCUCUUGGUUACAUGCACCUUCUCCGUAGCAUGUUCCGUGCAUUGAACAUUGCUAAAUUUGAUUCAUUGAUGCGUGAUCUUAUACCGUCUUUACAGCCUUGCCUCAAUAUGUUGCUCUCCAUGCUUGAUGGACCAACUAGUGAAGAUAUGCGAGACUUGAUUUUGGAGCUUUGCCUGAUAUUACCUGCUCGCUUGAGUUCUUUGCUGCCUCACAUUCCUCGUUUGAUGAAACCUCUCGUUCUUGCUCUGAAAGGGAGUGAUGACCUUGUGAGCUUAGCUCUUCGUACACUAGAAUUUUGGAUUGAUAGUCUCAACCCUGAUUUUUUGGAACCUAGCAUGGCCAAUUUAAUGUCUGAUGUCAUUCUUGCUUUAUGGUCUCACUUGAGGCCUCCUCCCUACACAUGGGGUACAAAGUCCUUGGAACUGUUAGGUAAGCUAGGGGGUCGAAAUAGGCGAUUUUUGAAGGAGCCCCUCGCACUUGAAUGCAAGGAAAACCCGGAACAUGGACUUCGUUUAGUUCUGACUUUUGAGCCUGCAACACCGUUUCUAGUUCCACUGGACAGAUGCAUACACUUUGCAGUCAGUGCAGUUAUGCAAGGUAAUAGUAUGGAAGCUUUCUACAGGAAACAGGCUCUUCAGUUUAUUCGAGUGUGCUUGGAUUCUUUGUUAAACUUACGGGAAAAUGUACCCGGUGAGGGUGUGAGCCCUGGAGUUCUUGGGACACUGCUAAUAUCUUCUUUGGAUCCAUCAAGGCGUCGCAAUGAUGCUUCUGAUAUGAAGGGAGAUUUAGGUGUGAAGACAAAGACACAACUACUGGCAGAGAAAUCUGUUUUCAAGGUUCUGCUUGUAGCUAUCAUUGCAGCUAAUUCUGACACCAGCCUUACAGACGAGAAGGAUGACUUCGUUGUUGAUUUAUGUCGACAUUUUGCUAUGCUUUUCCAUAUCGAUUCUUCAUCCUCCAGUCAGUCUGGAUAUGUACAACCUGUUGGUUCGUCCCUUUCAUCUAGCAUUGGAUCUAGAUCAAGGAACAACUCUUCAUCUAAUCUCCGUGAGUUGGAUCCUUUAAUAUUUAUGGAUUCAUUGGUUGAAGUACUCUCAAGUGAAAAUCGUCAACAUGCAAAAGCUGCUCUGUCUGCUUUAAAUACUUUUGCUGAGACACUACUCUUUCUUGCUCGCAUGAAGCAUACUGGUAUGCUAAGAGGUGGUCCUAGUACCCCCAUGUUAGUUUCUAGUCCAUCUUUGAAUCCAGUUUAUUCUCCUCCUCCAAGUGUGCGGGUUGCAGUAUUUGAGGAAUUAUUGCCACGCCUGUUGCAUUGUUGUUAUGGUAGCACAUGGCAAGCUCAGAUGGGUGGUGUAAUGGGCCUUGGAGCGCUGGUUGGUAAAGUGUCUGUGGAUACCCUAUGCAUUUUCCAGGUUAGAGUUGUACGCGGGCUUAUCCAUGUUCUUAAGAGGCUCCCGAUGCAUGCAAACAAAGAGCAGGAGGAGACAAACCAUGUCCUAACACAAGUUCUACGGGUAGUAAACAAUGCAGAUGAAGCAAACAGUGAACAUCGCCGACAAAGUUUUCAGGGAGUUGUGGAGUUUCUUGCAGUGGAACUGUUUAACCCAAAUACCUCAAUUGUUGUGAGGAAGAAUGUGCAGGCAUGCUUAUCACUGCUUGCAAGUAGAACUGGCAGUGAGGUCUCUGAAUUGCUGGAGCCUCUGUACCUCCCGUUGCUCCAGCCUCUGAUUUCACGAUCUUUGCGUUCCAAGAACAUUGAGCAGCAGGUGGGUACUGUUACAGCAUUGAAUUUCUGUUUAGCACUAAGACCACCUCUUCUGAAGUUGUCUCCUGAGCUCGUGAACUUUUUGCAAGAAGCACUGCAAAUUGCUGAGGCUGAUGAGACUGUUUGGGUCACCAAGAUGAUGAAUGCAAAAAUAAUUAUGACAUGGAACAAAUUGAGGACGGCAUGCAUUGAACUACUCUGUACUGCAAUGGCAUGGGGAGAUCUGAAAGCUCCAAAUCAUAGCGACUUACGUGCAAAGAUUAUCUCAAUGUUCUUCAAAUCUCUGACAUGCAGGACUACAGAGAUUGUCAAUGUUGCCAAGGAGGGACUUCGUCAGGUCGUUCAGCAGCAAAGGAUGCCAAAAGAUCUUCUGCAAAGCAGUUUAAGGCCCAUCUUAGUUAACUUAGCACAUACAAGGAGUCUUACCAUGCCGUUGCUCCAGGGAUUGGCUCGUCUGCUUGAAUUACUAUCAAACUGGUUUAAUGUCACUUUAGGUGCUAAGUUAUUGGAUCACUUGAAAAAAUGGCUGGAGCCAGAAAAGCUUGCCCAGAGUCAAAAAUCUUGGAAAGCUGGAGAUGAGCCAAAAAUAGCUGCAGCUAUGAUUGAGCUUUUUCACCUUCUUCCCCCGGCGGCGAGCAAAUUUUUGGAUGACCUUGUUACGUUGGUAAUUGAUUUAGAGAGGGCACUUCCUGAAGAUCAAUUUUAUAGUGAAAUCAACAGUCCUUAUCGUGCUCCACUUGCAAAAUUUUUGAACCGCUAUGCCGUGGAGGCCGUUGACUAUUUUCUUGCUCGAUUAAGCCAUCCAAAGUAUUUCAGAAGGUUCAUGUACAUAAUCUGCUCUGAUACUGGGGAGUUAAGGGACCAGCUUGCAAAAUCGCCUCAAAAAAUACUUGCUAGCGCCUUUUCACAGUUCUAUUCACAAACUGAAGCUGCUGGUAAUCAAUCUUCCUCAGUGAAGGAUGAGGGACUUACUGGUGCCAUAACUGAAGGUUUUACAGGCCAAUCAUCAUCAAACAUGGCUACUGGUUCUGACAGUUACUUUAAUGGACUGGAACUUAUUUCAACCCUUGUAAAAUUGAUGCCUGAAUGGCUCUGUAACAACCGGGUUGUCUUUGACACUUUGUUGCUUGCUUGGAAAUCACCCUCAAGAAUUGAUCGCCUGCAAAAUGAGCAGGAAUUGAGUUUACCGCAGGUGAUGGAAAGCAAGCGGCUCAUAAAAUGCUUCCUAAAUUAUCUAAGGCAUGAUCGUACGGAAGUUGGUGCGCUAUUUGAUAUGCUAUCAAUAUUCUUGUACCGUAGCCGCAUUGAUUAUAGUUUUCUUAAGGAAUUUUAUGUUAUAGAGGUUGCUGAAGGCUAUGCACCAAAUUUGAAGAAAAUUAUUCUUAAUCACUUUCUGAACAUAUUCCAGUCAAAGCAUUAUGGACAAGAUCAUUUAGUCGUUGCUAUGCAGAUACUUAUCCUUCCAAUGCUAGCUCAUUCUUUCCAAAAUGGGCAAAGUUGGGAAGUUGUUGAUCCAUCUAUUAUUAAAACUAUUGUUGACAAGCUUCUUGAUCCUCCGGAAGAGGUCAGUGCUGAAUAUGAUGAACCCUUGAGGAUAGAACUCCUUCAGCUUGCAACAUUACUUCUGAAGUAUCUACAGAGCGAUCUUGUUCACCAUCGAAAGGAACUCAUAAAGUUCGGUUGGAACCAUCUCAAACGUGAAGAUAAUUCCAGCAAGCAAUGGGCUUUUGUGAACGUGUGUCAUUUCUUAGAGGCCUAUCAAGCUCCUGAAAAGAUUAUUCUGCAGGUUUUUAUUGCUCUACUGCGGACAUGCCAACCAGAAAAUAAGCUGCUGGUGAAGCAAGCUCUUGACAUCCUCAUGCCUGCCCUUCCUAGAAGACUCCCUCCAGGGGACAGCCGCAUGCCAAUAUGGAUUAGAUACACCAAGAAAAUCCUUGUGGAGGAAGGCCAUUCAAUUCCCAACAUGAUUCACAUAUUCCAGCUUAUUGUUCGUCAUGCAGACCUCUUCUACAGUUGCAGAGCCCAUUUUGUUCCCCAGAUGGUCAACUCCCUUAGCCGUCUUGGACUACCAUACAACACAACAGCAGAAAAUAGACGACUGGCAAUUGAACUUGCUGGACUGGUGGUGGCGUGGGAAAGACAGAGACAAAGUGAGAUGAAAGUUGUGCAGGAAAGUGAGAACACGAGUCAAAUUGGUGAUAUGCUUAGUCCUGUUAUUGGCGGUGAUCCAAAACGCUCAUCGGAUGUUCCCACAUUUGGUGAUGAUUUGAGUAAGAGGGUGAAAGUUGAACCAGGGUUGCAACCCCUUUGCGUGAUGUCGCCUGGGGGGGCAUCAAUACCUAAUAUCGAGACACCUGGGUCUUCCGGGCAACCAGAUGAGGAGUACAAACCUAACGCUGCUAUGGAGGAGAUGAUCAUUACAUUCCUUAUAAGGGUGUCGCUGGUGAUUGAACCAAAGGAUAAGGAAUCUAGCUCAAUGUACAAGCAAGCUCUUGAUCUACUGACUCAAGCUUUGGAAGUCUGGCCAAAUGCCAAUGUUAAAUUUAAUUAUCUUGAGAAAUUGCUUGGGAAUUUGACACCUUCUCAGUCCAAGGAUCCUGCAACAGCACUUGCUCAGGGCCUAGAUGUUAUGAACAAAGUCUUAGAAAAGCAACCCCGCCUCUUCAUCCGGAAUAACAUCAACCAUAUUUCUCAAAUACUGGAACCUUGCUUCAACAACAAAAUGUUGGAUGCUGGCAAGUCUCUUUGUUCAUUGCUAAAGAUGGUAUUCAGCGCGUUUCCCCUUGAAGCAGCUACAACACCACAAGAUAUAAAGUUGUUGUACCAAAGAGUUCAAGAUCUCAUUCAAAAGCAUCUUGCUGCUGUAACCACUCCCCAGAUAUCACUUGAACCUAGCAAUGCUAACUCUAUCAUAAGCUUUGCACUGUUUGUCCUCAACGCACUCGCAGAAGUACAGAAGAAUUUUAUUGAUCCGUUCAUAGGUUUGCUUCUUCGAGUCCUGCAACGUCUUGCACGUGACAUGGGAUCUUCUGCUGGCAACCAUGUUCGACAAGGACAGAGGCCUGAACAGGAUUCAUCAGUUAAUUCACGCCCCACAGUAGACCCUAUGGUCAUAUCUAACAUGAAGACCGUCUUAAAACUCAUAAGUGAGAGGGUGAUGGCCUCUUCUGAGUUCAGGCGAUCUAUGGGCCAAACACUUCAAGCACUCCUUUCAGAAAAAGGCACAGAUCCUAGCGUUCUUCUAUGCAUACUGGACAUGAUAAAAGCUUGGAUUGAGGAUGACUACAGACUUGCUUCAUCUACUGGCUCUGUCAGUUCACUUAAUCCAAAGGAGAUAAUAGCUUAUCUUCAGAAGUUAUCAGUAGUUGACAGAAAAAGCUUUCCCCCAUCUGUACAAGAAGAAUGGGAUGCAAAAUAUUUGCAACUUCUUUACUCACUCUGUGGAGAUACAGCUAAGUAUCAAAUGGCUUUGAGGCAAGAGUAUUUUCAUAAGGUGGAGAGGCAAUACAUGCUUGGACUUAGAGCUAAAGACCCAGAAAUGAGGAAGCGAUUCUUCAAACUUUACCAUGACUAUGUCGGAAAAACAUUAUUUGCUAGAUUGCAGUUUAUAAUACAGACCCAGGACUGGGAAGCAGUGAGUGAUGUUUUCUGGUUGAAGCAAGGCCUGGAUCUUAUUUUGGCAAUAUUAGUUGAAAAUGAGCCAAUUACACUCGCUGCAAAUUCUGCUCGAGUUCCUGCACUUAUGACAUCUGGGCCAGUUUCAGAUCGCAUGAUUAUGCCACAACAGGCUCCUGAUGCUCAGGAAAGCUUGGAUGGUACAUCUUUAUCGUUUGAUUCUCUGACUACAAGACAUGCUCAGUUUUUAAAUGAGGCAAGCAAGCUUGUGGUGGCAGAUGUCAUGGCUCCAUUGAGGGAACUUGCAUUUGCUGAUCCCAACGUCGCAUAUCAUUUGUGGGUUCUUGUAUUCCCAAUUGUUUGGGUAACCUUACACAAAGAGGAGCAAGUUGCUCUUGCUAAGCCAAUAAUUGCGCUUCUGUCAAAAGAUUAUCAUAAGAGGCAGCAAGGAUGCAGACCUAAUGUAGCCCAGGCACUCCUUGAAGGUCUUCACUUGAGCCAUCCUCAACCGCGCAUGCCUAGUGAGCUUAUCAAAUAUAUCGGAAAGACCUGCAAUGCAUGGCAUACUUCGAUUGCGUUACUCGAGAGCCAUAUGAUGCAUAUGAAUGAGGCCAAAUGCUCAGAGUCACUGGCUGAAUUAUACAGGCUUCUCAAUGAGGAUGACAUGAGAUAUGGAUUAUGGAAGAGAAGAUCAAUCACAGCAGAAACUAGAGCUGGGCUAUCACUUGUCCAACACGGUUACUGGCAGCAGGCACAAAAUCUCUUUUACCAGGCAAUGAUAAAAGCAACUCAAGGUACAUAUAAUAACACAGUCCCUAAGGCUGAAAUGUGUCUUUGGGAAGAACAGUGGUUGUCUUGUGCCACUCAAUUAGGUCAGUGGGAAGUAUUGGCUGAUUUUGGAAAAGGUGUGGAGAAUUACGAGAUUCUCUUAGACUGCCUUUGGAAGGCGCCUGACUGGACAUAUAUGAAGGAGAAUGUUAUUCCAAAAGCUCAGGUAGAAGAGACACCAAAGUUACGCCUUAUUCAAUCAUUUUUCACUCUUCAUGACAAAGGUACUAAUGGUGUUGGUGAAGCUGAGAACCUUGUCAGCAAAGGUGUUGAACUUGCACUAGAACAAUGGUGGCAGUUACCUGAAAUGUCUGUGCAGUCCCGAAUGCCUCUGCUGCAGCAGUUUCAGCAGUUGGUUGAAGUGAAAGAAUCCUCUAAAAUUCUGCUUGACAUUGCAAAUGGGAACAAACCAGCUUCAGGAAAUUCUGGUGCCAAUUCCAAUCAUCACAACUCCUUUGCUGACCUCAAGGAUAUUCUUGAGACAUGGAGACUUCGAACUCCUAAUGAAUGGGAUAAUAUGACUGUUUGGUAUGACCUCCUCCAGUGGAGGAAUGAGAUGUACAAUUCAGUAAUAGACGCAUUCAAAGAUUUUGGCCAAACAAAUCCUCAACUUCAUCAUCUUGGUUACCGAGACAAAGCUUGGAAUGUGAACAAGCUUGCUCACAUAGCUCGCAAACAAGGUCUUCCUGACGUUUGUGUAACUAUACUCGAUAAGAUGUAUGGUCAUGCUACCAUGGAAGUUCAGGAAGCAUUUGUGAAGAUAUGUGAACAAGCCAAGGCAUACUUAGAGAUGAAAGGCGAACUAGUCAGUGGUCUUAACUUAAUCAAUAACACCAAUUUGGAAUUUUUCCCUGUGAAGAACAAAGCAGAAAUAUUUCGUCUGAGAGGUGACUUCCUGCUAAAAAUGAAUGACUGCGAGAAUGCAAAUGUUGCUUAUUCAAAUGCUAUAACACUUUUUAAGCAUUUGCCAAAAGCAUGGAUUAGCUGGGGGAAUUACUGCGAUAUGGUUUUCAAGGAGACAAAAGAUGAGAUUUGGCUUGAGUAUGCCGUAAGUUGUUUCUUCCAAGGCAUCAAAUAUGGAGUUUCAAACUCAAGGAGCCAUCUUGCACGAAUUCUCUACCUUCUGAGCUUCGAUACACAAAAUGAACCUGCUGGAAGGGCUUUGGAUAAAUAUCUUGAGCAGUUGCCCCAUUGGGUUUGGCUUUCGUGGAUACCUCAGUUAUUGCUAUCAUUACAGAGAAGUGAAGCCCAACACUGCAAAUUAGUUUUGCUGAAAAUAGCCCAAGUUUAUCCACAGGCAUUGUAUUAUUGGCUUCGGACAUACUUGAUGGAACGUCGUGAUGUUGCUACAAAAACUGAAAUGGGAAGAAUAGCUCAGCAGCGUAUGCAGCAGGCUAUGCUGGCAAACAAUGCUGCCAAUAACUUAUCUGAAGGGAACGCGAGGACAUCUAAUCUUGGGGGUGGGAACAUGACUUCUGACAACCAAGUUCAUCAAGCUACCCAGUCAGGUGGUGCGGCAGUUUCUCAUGAUGGGGGUAAUCUCCAAGGACAAGAGUCAGACAGAUCUAAUGUUGAGGGUGGUACAAGCGCUGGCCAUGAUCAAGGUCAACCGAGUUCAACUGGUGCAGAUGGUUCGCAAAUGCCAGCAAGACGCAAUAAUGGACUUGGCUGGGUAACUUCUGCAGCAAGUGCAUUUGAUGCUGCAAAGGAUAUAAUGGAAGCUCUUAGGAGCAAGCAUACCAAUCUAGCCAAUGAGCUUGAGGUUUUACUGUCUGAAAUUGGAUCAAGAUUUGUUACUCUUCCCGAGGAAAGACUUCUUGCUGUGGUUAAUGCAUUGCUUCACCGCUGCUACAAGUAUCCAACUGCAACUACAGGCGAGGUUCCACAAUCUCUCAAGAAGGAACUUUCUGGUGUAUGCCGAGCUUGCUUUUCACAAGAUGCUGUUAACAAGCAUGUUGAUUUUGUCAAGGAGUACAAGCAAGAUUUUGAACGUGAUCUUGACCCAGAAAGUGCUACUACUUUUCCAGCAACACUUGCUGAACUCACUGAGAGAUUGAAGCACUGGAAGAAUGUUCUUCAGAGUAAUGUUGAGGAUCGGUUCCCUGCAAUUUUAAAGCUAGAGGAAGAAAGUAAAAUUCUCAGGGACUUCCAUGUUGUUGAUAUAGAACUUCCCGGGCAGUACUUCACAGAUCAGGAGGUUGCACCUGAUCAUACUGUCAAGUUGGACAGAGUUGGACCUGAUAUUCCUAUUGUCCGGAGGCACGGUAGUAGCUUCCGACGUCUGACACUUAUUGGCUCUGAUGGUUCACAGCGCCAUUUUAUUGUUCAGACAUCAUUGACUCCAAAUGCCCGGAGUGAUGAGAGAAUGCUGCAGCUAUUCCGUGUACUAAACAAAAUGUUUGACAAACAUAAAGAGUCGAGGCAGCGCCAUCUUGCUAUUCACACCCCAAUCAUUAUUCCUGUUUGGUCACAGGUUCGGAUGGUAGAGGAUGAUUUGAUGUACAGCACUUUCCUGGAGGUGUAUGAAAUUAACUGUGCCCGACAUAAUAGAGAAGCUGAUUCACCUAUUACAAUUUUCAAAGAACAGCUAAAUCAAGCCAUCUCAGGGCAGGUGUCCCCUGAAGCAGUGGUGGAAUUACGCUUGCAAGCCUAUAAUGAAAUUACUAAAAAUAUCGUUAAUGAUAAUAUCUUCUCUCAAUACAUGCAUAAGAUUCUACCAACUGGGAAUCACCUCUGGACCUUCAAGAAACAGUUUGCAAUCCAAGUGGCUCUGUCCUGUUUCAUGUCGUACAUGUUGCAGAUUGGUGGUAGGGCUCCUAACAAAAUAUUAUUUGCUAAAAAUACUGGCAAGAUCUUCCAGAAUGAUUUCCAUCCAGCUUAUGAUCCAAAUGGAAUGAUUGAGUUCAAUGAGCUAGUUCCCUUUAGGCUGACACGCAAUAUGCAAGCUUUCUUCUCAAAUUUCGGUGUUGAAGGUCUCAUUGUGUCUGCCAUGUGUUCUGCUGCCCAGUCUGUGGUUUCACCAAAACAAAGCCAGCAUAUAUGGCACCAUUUGGCUAUGUUUUUCCGUGAUGAACUGUUAUCUUGGUCAUGGAGGAGGCCACUUGGCAUUCCUUCUGUUCCAGUUGCUGCUGGAAUGAUUAACCCGUUGGAUUUCCAGCAAAAGGUGAUAAACAAUGUGGAGCAUGUCAUUACCCGUAUCAAAUUAAUAUCACCACAUUAUCUUGCUGAUGAGGAGGAGAAUUCAUCUGAGCCACCUCAGUCGGUCCAAAGAGGCGUCACGGAUCUCGUGGAAGCGGCAUUAUCUUCGAGGAACCUGUGCAUGAUGGAUCCGACAUGGCACCCGUGGUUCUGAAAAGUGAAAACAAACUCAGCCUAUUGUCGCCUGGCCAAAUAUUUACCAUAGCCUUUUGUAGCCUAACCGAGAUUGCUCGUAGGUGAUGUAAAUAUUAACCUUAUUUGGCAACAACCGUGAACUAGUCGUAGUCUCAUCAUGUAGAUAAGAAAUAUCGGCUUUUAGCUUUACUCGUAUUAGUGCUCUAUUUGAUAUUUAUAAAGAGAUUUAGUUUCAGAGCAUGAA